GCUAGUUGUGUUUAAAGUCUGCGGUGUCUGUGAAAUGGAAAUAGGUUUUCUGUGUUUACAACACACCAUUUACUGUGUCUUCUACGAGCUGUUUCCCUGAAAGCACGUUUUCAUCGCUGUGUCUGUAAACGAAACUGCAUUUUAGACAAAAUUCCUGAAGGAUUAAACCUGUGAUAUACUACCGAACCGAUACUAAAAUAUACCAAAGAUGUCAAGCAAAAUCUCCGCCAGCGAGAUCCAAACCAUGGCGCCCCAAGCCGUGACCAAACUCAAGUCCGAGGAGAAGCCCUACAGACUGGUCCGUACUUCCUCCAUAGAAAAGAUCAAGAGGUUCAACACCUUCAUAUGUUCCCAGCAGUACUACUUGCUCCCAGCUCUGUUCAGCUGGUUGAAAUCAUCCCAACCGUCGACGGAAAGUUCCAUCUUCCUCUUCAAGGCGACGCUCUUCAACACCUUCUUCUACAAGUUCUUCCAGACGGGACUGAAAUCGGCAGCGUCUGCCGGCCGGAGCAAGGCGAAGCUCCAGAAAAGCUCCCCGGUGACGAUUUCACGCGUGAUCUCCAAUUUCUUCCAGAAGUUCACCAAAUGCUUCGAGUCUACGUUUCUCCUUGCCAUAGCCGUGUACUCCGCUUGUUUGCUGGUACCUCUCCAGCUGGCGCUAGCCCUGUACUUGAUGUACUUUGCCUUCCUGCCGCACGGGUUCAUCUUCAUGCUGGGCUGCAUGAUGGCCAUCAAGUACUUGUGCUAUAAAAGCUUUUCUCUUUGCUUGGGGAACGGCGCCAAACGUGAUAUUAAGAAUAAAUGAUGGACGUACAGGGUGUUCUACUAGCGCGGUCGCUUAUAUUAAGCGGUCUAGUGACUGCUCUUUUCUUGACUGGUUCCAUUUGAAAGGAAACAACAACUUGAUCAAAGUAGUAUGUUGAUAACGAGUCGUUUUUGAACGUUAUUAGCGUUUCUGUUGGCAAUAAAGGCAUAGAAUAGGGAAUGGAACCUUGUAGACUUGGAUGGAACGCAUUUUAGACCUCAGUAAUUUGUUUAACGAAUAGAAUGAAUGUCUGGAUGUUACGUUCAAUGCGACUAAAAACUGACAAGGUUUUAAAAGCUCUGUUUAGUUUUUUCUAUGGUUCUAUAUUUGGAAAUUUCGGUUUGAACUGAAAAUAGCUAUAAAAUUUGUAUGUUCUCUGUUGAUACCCGCCACCUUGCUAAUUCUCGAAGGUAGGCAGUUGUUAAUGCAGCUAAGUGUAUUUAUGGUUGCCUGACGAAGUUCAUGAUGUAUAUGAACAAAUAACUUUAUGAAAUAAUUGAAUAUCGUAAUUUCUUUCUAAAGAAACAUAAACAACGUUUUAAAAACAGUUCUUUAAAGAUUAAUUAACAUGAUAUUGUCAACAAAUCAUUAUUAAAUUAAUUAAAACUGCUGUUGCUUUUGAGAUUUUGUCAGAAUAUCCGUUUGAAUGGGUAGUUUCUUAUUUUUCUUCCUUAGAAAUUUAUUCGCUGGAUCAUUAUUACUUAUUUUACUUUUAUCAAAGAACUUACAGUGUUUUAGAAGAUGUAAUGACUGCAAUAUUUAUGUGAUUUCUAAAAAAGCAGAGAAUAGGGGAAGACGCUUGCCAUUUUUUUCUUGUUUUCAGAUUGAAAACGGGUUCAAGGAUGGUGUACAGGGCGUUUUUUCCUCGCGGUCCAAGUGUCGCUUGUUGUAGCGUGAUUAAUUUGUGUACAUAAUUAGGACUAUGGAAUUUUAGCGGUAGUAUUUUUUUCUACUUUAUUUUAUUAUUGUGAUUCAUUAAAAAUUUAGUGAAUAA